AUGAGUUCAGUCAUAAUCAUCAAGCAACAAAAGUGUAUAAUUUGCCUUAAAGAUGAUAAUGAAAAAUUGUGUGAAUUUGAUACUUUAGUUUUGGGAUGUGGCUGGUUUAAAAUAUAAUUAAAUUUGAAGGUCAUGAAGGUUUCUUGUAUUUAUAAAAUAUAGUUAUACGAUAAGCAAAGAGUUAUUUAAUAAUGUGUGACAUUACAAAUAAGUAAUCUUUGGACUGCUUUCCCUUUGUCUAAUGUUGUAAAAGGCAUCAAAGAUGGUUUCCCUAUUUUCUUGAUUCAAAAUAAAACUGACCUAUUAUCAGAGUAAAAAGAAGAAUUCUAAACUGAAGAAUAUUUAAAGAAAUGUGCACAAAAAUACAAUUUUGCUAGAUGUUAUUAAAUAAGUGUUAAAUUUAAUGACAAGGUAGAUUAGAUAUUUUAGGAGCUUGUGGAAGAAAUGAUAGAAAAACGGUAUUAAAAUUAGAUGAUAAUACAUAAUAAAGAGAUAUUUAUUAAAUAAAAAAACUAAGUAUCUUUAAAAUAUAAUUAAAAUAAUCGACCUACUGCAAAGAAAAACCAAUGUUUUUGA